GUCCUUUCCGGAUACAGGUAUAUAACCUGUCUUCUCUCCCCAUCGUCCCCUGAAGCUUAUCCUCCCCAUUGACCAUCGCCCCCGCCAUACCCGUCAAUUGCUUCCUUUCCUUUAUACAAGCUUCUGAGACUUUCAGACAUCAUGUCCCCGCCGGCGAUCAUUGCCCCGUCCAUCUUGAGCGCGGAUUUCGCGACUCUGGGAAGUGAAUGCUCCACAAAGAUGGCACAGGGCUCAGACUGGCUCCAUGUCGACAUCAUGGACGGCCACUUCGUUCCUAACAUCACCUUCGGAGCUCCCGUUGUCACCAAGAUCCGGUCUCAUGUCGACCGUCCAACCCAGCCUCAUGGCCGGGGCACCUUUGACUGCCAUAUGAUGAUCAUGGAGCCACAUAAAUGGGUCAAGGAGUUCAAGAACGCCGGAUGCGACCUCUACUGUUUCCACUACGAAGCCGCCAUAGCUUCCGUCGCAGCGACCGAGCCUGCCGACUCGACAACCACUCGCAAGACGAGCCCGAAGGAACUAAUCCGAUAUAUCCACGAGGAGGGCAUGCAAGCCGGUAUUGCUAUCAAGCCUGACACACCGGUGGACGUACUGUGGGAGAUCCUCGAGAGCGAAGACGAAAAAGAACGCCCAGAUAUGGUCCUCGUCAUGACCGUGUACCCCGGCUUUGGCGGUCAGAAAUUCAUGGCCUCUGAGCUGCCCAAGGUGCAGGCUCUCCGUGAGCGAUACCCUAAUUUGAAUAUCGAGGUUGAUGGCGGACUGGGGCUCGGGACGGUGGACCAGGCCGCUGAAGCAGGAGCCAAUGUGAUUGUCGCUGGUUCGGCGGUUUUUGGUGCCCAGGAUCCUGCCGACGUCAUCGCAAAGCUUCGCGAAGCUGUUAACAAACACCACAAGCUUUAAAAGUAAUUUUUCUUACUAUAUAUUUCAUGUGACAUGAUAUUUUAAUCGCGCAUCGCCGGUAAUUGCUUUCUUUUCGUUUCUU